GAGCAGAGCGACGGACGGAGAGCGUCUGUGGAUAUGAGCGGUUCAGACCAGCUGACAGACUAGAGGAUUUAAGAGUAUAAGGUGUUUUAAAAAUGUCUGUUUCAUCCACACACAGCUCGGACACGUCAAGUCGAAGGAGGAGGCCGGCUGAACACGCACAAGGUGGGCUACAGCUCUUUUUCUAGCAGUUGGAAGAACUUUAUUUGUAACAGGCUGAUGAAAGCAACGUGAAUUUAUUCACCAUUUGGAAUCCGUCUAUAUGUUGGUGUGGCGUUGUGUAUCGGGAUAUCAUGUACGCUUGACGAAAACUGACAAUUUAUGCUGUUCGUUGUAGCUUCAGUCACUGUAAGACAGUCACGUCGUAUUGAUUAUUACGAGCCCCACGCCCCCCACUGCGUGUGUGUGCGUGUGUGUGUGUGUGUGUGUGUGUGUGUGUGUGUGUGUGUGUGUGUGUGUGUGUGUGUGUGUGUGUGUGUGUGUGUGUGUGUGUGUGUGUACAUGCGUGCAUGCGCGCAUACAGCCAGCACUGUCUGUACCAAUACGUCAAUAAAAGCUCUCUUUGAGUGUGUGUGUGUGUGUGUGUGUGUGUGUGUGUGUGUGAGAGAGAUUGAUACAGAAUAGAUAGACAUAAGUUAUUCUGGGAAAAUGGGGCUGCAGCUUGAUCAGCAGAGCAGUGGAGCAGGCUGUCUCAAAAUUACUUUUUUUGUCUAAAAAUUGCAAAAUAAAUAAAAAUACUUCAAUUUAAACAGCUUAAAACACGUUUGUGUUGCAAAAAUAAAUUGUUUAAAGCUUCUUAUUGAUUAACUAGUCAUCACAGCAGCUGGUAAGUGCACUUGUAGGUGAACGCAGUAAUAGUUUUAUGCCCCAUACAGAUUUUUUCUCUCCAUUUCAUGUUAGCAUCUUGUUCAAAAUCACUGGUUUUUGAUUUUACAAUUUUCUUCGAAGUCCCAUGCAGGAAGCAUUAAAAGAGGAAACAAAACAAGACACCUCAAAUGUGUGCACGCUGUUUCGAAAAGUUCAAAAGGAGAAGUCAAAAGUUGCAGUUGUGUUGAGAUGUGAGUGGUUGGUCGGAAUCCGUCAUUCAUCAAGUAUUUAUCAUGUGAGAGAUAAAACUGUUUGGAUGGCUGCAGGCAAUUUGCCCCUUAGUUAAUUGCAGUCAUGCUGCUGUGAUCCCUGCUGAACAAAUCCAGCUGCUGCCGGACUGUUGGAGGCAGUUUGAGGUGGGCAGUCUAGAUGAUAACACUUUUUGGAUGUAAGGGGAAGUUUGUCACUUACAUAUCCAAACCAUGUAACAGAAGUUAAUUCCCUUGAGUCCUGUUAAAAGUCAUGAGAGUUUAUUACUUAGGUCUUUGUUAUGAAUGCUGUGCUGGGUGUAAUUCUAAGCAGUGCAGUAUAUGUUAUUGGUAGUUACACUCAGUGUCUGACUCUGCAUUGCAAUGAGAGAGCUGCAGGGCAGACAGAUUGUGUAACUGACACAGACCAGCAUCAAAUUUGUGCAUGAGGAUGUUGUUCUUAAGACAAAGGAUUGUCUUGACAGCUCAAGAUUUCCAAGAAGCCUCAUUGUCUUUUCUAAUAAAUUAUCAAAUUUAAGUCCAUUUAAAGAUGAACUUAUUCUUUUUAAUAAAUGUCAUAUUUGAAUGAAGGACAAGGCAAUGUAAAGCUAGAUCACUUGCUGAAAUAAUUCUACUAUUCUACAUCCAGAGCUGCUUUUUUACAGAGUAACAUGCAGCUGUGUAAAAACAUAAACAGCAUAUAGUGGUGCCAAAAGAUUUAGAGCUCCCCCUGUUAACUGGCUGCAGUGAAGACCCUUUUGGUGUUAGUAAACAGCGUGACAUUUUUUGGUGGGCUGAAGGCAAAACAGUCCUCCAGAGUUAACCAGCAGUACUUAGCAAGUUGUUUUUGGCUUGGUUUUGAUAAGAGGGAAGGAGUUGGUGCAACGAUAGUCUCACCUCUUCACAAGCCACAUCCUUUCUGUGCAGGCCGUGGUUCCAGUAGCACAAUAUCUGCAUAAAAUCUCUCACAUGAGGUGAUGGAGGGGCGCUGUCUAGAUUUAAACCCAGUUGGUGGUCUAGACCUGAUAUGUUACCAGAAAACUGUGAUUUGAUUAAAGCAAUUAAGGUCUUUCUUUAGGUUGUCUGUCCUCUGGGCUAUAAUCAGAGAUGUCUGAAGAUAAACCUAAAAAAAAAAAAAACAGCCUAAAUAAUGCUGUUUGCUAGCAGAACAGAUGACUGUGCGAUAAUCAAACACACUCAGAGGUCACAACUUCAGGCCACAUUUGUCUCUUUAUCACUUGUAAUUUUCUCUCUGCAUACAGCCUUUGUGUUUUCACUAAAUGAAAGUUUUCGAUUAAUUCCGAAUAUUUUAGCCUUUGUAACCAUAAAUAAAAAUCUUUUAAGUGUAACAAAUCUAAAUAGUGUUCUGCUUGUUGUUGCAGAUCCCUCGCUGCAGCAUGAACCCCAGGAAGGUAACAAUCAUGAGCUGAGCAGUGAGCGACUGUGUGGGGAUCAGUUCAAUUCAACAGACUCUUACACUCCGUUUACUCAUCACACUGUCUGCCCUUCCCUGUGUGCAACUAAAUGCAUCUCUACACAUGCAUGUGAGUACUGGGUACCUACACUGUUGCAUAUAGUUACAUAGUUUGUUCAAAUGUUAUGGCUAAUCUAUGUGUUUGUUGUGUCGUUGCUGGACGCUACAGGUCCAAGCCACCACGCUUACGAUGACGGCUGGGCAGAGGUUCAAAGCAAGAGGACCAUCAGAGCAGAAAAUGAAGUGGAAGCAAAUAAACUGGUGAACAACUACAGGGUAAGUCUGGAGAUAAAUGUUAAUAUUCUUAAAUUAAAAGAGGUUUUGAGUGCAUCACAGCAGGCUGAAUGCUCCUCGUCCCUGAAUUUACGUCUGUGAAUGUUAGUUUGGUUUCAGGAAAUGGAAAAGCCACGUGACAGAGCGCCCGUUUGAAGUCAGGUCGGAGGUCGUUAAAGAGCUCUACUCUGAACUGAACAUCAUAAAACCGCAUUCAGGUACAUUUAAUGGUUUUGCACAGUUUCUGUUCUGUGAUUACUUUAGUCACUACAGCCGUCAGUAUUGUGCCUGGUGGUGAAGAGCUCACUCUCACUUACAGUUUUUGUUGGUUCCUGUUUCAGGUAAUCUCAUCACAUGUGGAAAUAUAGGGUACGUGUUUCUCUUCGGCUGGUGGGUCUCUCUGGGGUAUUUCCUGGUCAGCCUCCUGAUGUUCAUAACCAUCGCUGGUGUACCGUACGGUAGGUGAGCUAGUCUGCAGAGUGUAAUGAUGGUGUCAAUCAGACAUGGUCUCAUUCCUUCUCGUCUUUCACUUUUCAGGAAAGCUUUGCUUAAAGUUGUCCUGUUACUUCCUGUGGCCAUUCGGCAAGGUCAUCCAUGAGGUACCAUUUGGUUCCUGUUGAUGUUUGAAAUCUGUUCCUUUUAUCGCUGUCCCUAUCAACUUGAGUUUUUACUUGAGUAAAGAUAAAGAUGAGCAAACUUCAAAAAUAUUCUCAUGAGUAUUCUUCUGCCAUUUCUGACUGUGGUUAAUCAAACUUAAUCUGCUCUAAGUAAACAAAACUCACUGUCUUCCUUCGCCAAUGAUUCUCUCAUCACCACUAUGAACAUGCACUGCAGGACGUUAAAAUGAAACUCUCUAUGGUCCAGCUGGUUUAGCAGUCUAUAUGCCCCCAACAUUAACAAGCACCCAGACAGACACUGUCUGAGCAAUUCUGCCUAAUCUUGCGUUAUCUGUAACAGUAGCAAUCCUGUGAAAGGUCAUGUGAUUCACAGAUAUUCACACUGCCUGAACAGCGUCAGUUUCUCUGUGUUAUUUAUGAAGAGCUGCAUUGCAGUGAUUUCAGUUCGAUAUUUAUUGAAGAUUAAUCCUGGACAAGGAGGAAGUGGUGAUGGCAUGAUAUUUCCAGGGCGUACGACGAACAUCUCAGAUCCUGUAAUGUGAUUACCCAGUCAGUCUCAGCCACAUUAUUUUCCACAAGAGAUGGUUAAGUCUUUUUUUUUGCCUUGCUUCAUUAGUGUCUCGGAUCAUCUGAUUUUCAUUUACCACUUACAAGCACAGUUAGUCAGCAGCAGCUCACAAUCCUGAACUGUUUGAUUUCUAUAUUCUUGAGUAAAGACAGAUUGAAAUCUGAUUUGUGUAAUCAAAUAUAUACAUGCAGUUUUCUUUGAACAUAUCAUUACAGUUCUUUCUUUUGGUUUAUGUUUUAUUGUUUAUCUUGGUAAGUUCUUUAUCAUUCAGACAUUAAAGUUUGCUGUUUUUCUGUCUCAGUUUGGAAACACAAUAGAAAGAUGCUGUGAGCGAGUGCCUGACUGUGAGUGUAACACAGAGGGAACAGAAGAUACCUCACCAGUCCUGUUGCCCCCAUCUACAGAGAUGCCAAUCACAGAGUUUCCGGCAUUACCAUACCGAACUCCCUACUGGGUAACUUUUAAAAAUAUCCAGUCCAGUUUCUACGAUAUUUGAUCUCUGCUUCACUAAAAGUCAAUUACAGUGUGUUUUUAAUGGGUUGUCCUCUUCUGCAGCGCCGUUUCUCCACAUAUGUUUGGCUGCUGCUAGGUUAUCCUCUUCUGAUAGUUGUGCACUCCCUGGCCUGCUUCUUGUCCUGGAUCCUGGUCUUCACCAUCCCCGUUUCUAAGAUGAAUGCACGAACCCUGGGUGUUAUUCUUCUUUUAGCCCCUGAGGAUGUCUCCGUCUCAUCAUGCUCACAGAGGAAGGCUGGGGUACAAUUUGUAAUGAUUCCUUCAUGAUAGAUAACUCGGACCUAAUCACUGCUGCUUCAGUGCUAAUACCCUGUCUGUUUGUUCACUGUUUUUUUUAACCAUUAGCAUGACGGCUAUGAGUCCAGAGCUCUUCUGUGCUGCUACCAUGCUGUAAACUGGUACUAUUAUAAGUACACUGUAGAUGGGAUCAACGUGUUUGCUGUCAGUAUCCUUUACCAAAAUAUCUGAAGUACUUGUGUGUGUUUGGUAUAUAAAAUCCUUAUAAUCUUUGACCUUCAUCUCAGACCUACUCCCCCUAGUAAUAGUUGCUAUGGUAAUUGGAUAUAUUGACAGAGAAAACAAGUACGCCACCUCUGACGUCAAGUUUGCCGUAGCGAUCUGCUCCAUCAUUCCUCUGUCAUAUUAUAUUGGAAUGGGCAUCGCCAGGUGAGUUGUUUCCUGUGCUUUAAAUUCAUCAGUGAAAUAUGUUGAUUUAUAAAUUAGUUUCAGUCAACCAAAAUAUUGAAGUCACUUAUUUUCUCUCUCUUUGCUGUCGUCACUCUCAGUAUCUCAGCGCAGAGUAACUUUGCUGUGGGUGCAGUGGUGAACGCAAGCUUUGGCUCCAUCACAGAGUUGACCUUCUACAUCACAGCCCUGCUCAGAGGCCACCAGGCAGGAAACCCAUGUCUGCAGGAGGUUGUGAAGGCGGCGCUGACCGGCACACUGCUGGGAUGCAUCCUCUUCAUCCCUGUGAGCUGAGCUGUGUUUGUGUUAAAAUCUAACAAUUUCAACAGACAAUAUUAGUUUAGAUCUGGGAUUCAUUUAUGUGCAACAAAAUAGGUAUUGAGCAGCAUGAUAACAACAUGGCUCUCUGUUCUUAGGGCAUCUGCAUGAUCAUCGGAGGGCUGAAACACAGCGAGCAAACGUUCAACAGUCGAUCAACAGGAGUGAGCGCUGCUUUGCUUUUUAUCUCUGUCGGAGGCAAGUAUUCGAUCAUAAAUAUGCAGAAUGUGGCACAUUGCUAUUAUGAAAUAUCAAACAUUCAGAAACAUCAAACAGCUCCUAACUCACUGACAAACUCAUUUGUUUGUGUAAAGUUUGAUGCAGAUUUUCAGACAGGUGAAGCUGUGCGGUCAUUCUGUUUGCACAAAACAAGCGGGACAAUCCUGCUGAAAAAAAAAAGAUUUUUGCCCUCUGAAGAAAAUGAAGUGUACAACCAAUCUUGGUGCAUGCAAACCAGCUGGUGGUUGUUUCCUGUUUAGAUUUUUUUCAUAAACUGUCUGAAACUCCUGAUUUCCCUUCUCUCUUCUUAAACUGCAACAAAAAUUCACCUUGGCUUCUAAAAAAAGGAUUUCACGUUACAAUUCUGAAACAGGAUUUUACCAUACUUUUGCCAGGUCCCCUUUAACUGAGAGGAAAUUUAACUGAUGCACCUCAAUUUAUUGAUCUGUUCAGGUUUUCUAAUCAAAAUCAAGUUCCUCGAUUAGUUUUAUUCUAAUGGCUGUGGGCUGAGGGGACAUGCAUGAUGCCAGUAUAGGACACAAUAUUAAUAUGAUUGCAGUGGGACUCACUAAAGAUGCCCAAAUCUUACUGAAUGAAGUUUCACACCGAGAAGUUUACAUGGAGGGAAAUGCUACUUUCGAGUCUUUUCUUUGGCUCCUAUAAUAAAUCCAUAUUAGGGACGAGUUGUAAAUCUAACAAGGCACUCUUACUAACCUACCAUGAACCAUUAAUAUGAACUUACCAAAGACUUCCAGUACUUUACUGCAACAGUGUAAACCAUAAAAAGUUAUUUCUUCAAGAAAUAGUGAGGUAACAGUCUAAUUGCCCAAUUACACAUUGACUUAUCCCACUGACUUCUCACCCUCAGGCGUGUUUGCUCCAACGCUCUUCUCCAAGGCUUAUGGAAACCUGGUAUGUGACGCCUGCACUAACUCAACCACGGGAAAUGGCAGCAGUGGGCCGUUUGUCUGUCACAACUGUCACUACGAUCUGGUCAGUGACAUUUGUCUCAUUAUUAUCAUUAUUAUUAUUAUUAUUAUCAUAAAAAUUAAUAUAAUGUAGGGUCCAUACACUCUGUUACAUACAAUGUUCUUUUCUCUCCCAACAGAACAAUGGCACACUGUUUCACAGCCAUGUCCAGUAAGUUGUGCCAUAUUUUGUUCAUUUAUUUAUCAUUUACCAGACAUAGAUGUCUUUUCAGUUACCCUGAGCCUUUUUAUUUUUUUGUCAGGCCACUCGUGUACACAAUAUCUGCCCUCUUACCAGCUGCCUACAUCAUCGGUCUGAUAUUCACGUUGAAGACACACUCGCACAUUUAUGACAUCCAGGUUGGAGAAAGGCAGGGUAGGAGUCUCCCUUAUCUCUGUUUACUCUCUCCAAUCUUCAAAUUCUCUAGUGCUUCAAAACCAUCAUCUCUUUAUUUGUCUUUGCAGAGACGGGGCACCAUGGAGCAGUGGUCCACUGGUCUCGUUGGAGGUCUCUGGUCAUCCUUAUCCUGGCCACUGUUCUCACGUCUGCUUGUGCUGAUCUAGCCACAGAGCACAUUCAGCCCAUACUCAACCAGCCCAAUGUCUCUCAGGUCAGGACAUGCAUCAGACUUUUUUUUUUUUUUUUUAAUUAACGUUUCCUGCUGUGCCAACACUUAAUUUUCAUUUUUUACAGUAUUUUAUUGGAGUGACCAUUCUAGCGAUGGUUCCUGAGAUCCCAGAGAUUGUUAAUGGGAUCCAGUUUGCUCUUCAAAACAACAUCAGUCUGAGGUAAAUCCUGUUUGAAUACAAAAGCCUGUAAAGACUUAAAAAGUUGGUAUCUUUACCUGAGUGUUUUGUGUUUUUCAGCUUGGAGGUGGGAAUCUGUAUUGCUGUUCAGGUCUGCAUGCUACAGAUUCCAAUCCUGGUCUUAUUUAACGCCUUCUAUGUGAGAGCCCCUCCUUUCUAUUUUUUAUGUAUUUAAUCAUGUGGUUACAGGUGUGAACCUAUGUUAUGUACUCAAACAUUCCCUCUGUUUGGGAUAGGAUGUGGGCUUUGCACUGUUAUUCAGUGACCUGCACCUGUGGGCCAGUAUCUUCAGUGUGAUCCUGGUCAACUAUAUCUUCAUGGAUGGCAAGUCCGAUUACUUUCAGGGUAAGAGUUUAUUUAUUUAUUUAGUUAGUUAGUUAGUUAGUUAGUUAGUUAGUUAGUUAGUUAGUUAGUUAGAGAAGAAACUUGUUUUUUACAAACUUGUUGAUGUGCUGCCCCCUUGUGGAAAAAUGAAGGUGCAGUCAAGAAAUCCAAAAUGUACACCGUCUUUUCCUCAACCCUGAUAGGAAACAUCACUGGGUCAUGGAAAGGUGUAUAUAAGAGGUUAGGAAAAGAAAACAGACUCCUUUUGCUUUACGUGGAUGUUACUAAUAUCACAUGAAUCUGCUGUGUAAAAACUACAAUCCACCGAGCAUGGACUACAGAAUCCCAUCAUGUUAAUUCAUUCAGCCACGUAAAUGUAUGAAGCACUAUAAACUGCAAAUAAGGAUAGUCCGCCAUCACAGAUGAAUAUUUAUGUAGUCAUUUAAACCAUGGUUAACAAAUGUUCAUGUUUUAUCUGUUUCAUGACUUUCAGGAGGACAGUCUUGAGUUUGUUUUUUGUUUUGUUUUUUUUUUGUUUAAGGAGAGAAUAUAGGAAGUGUUCAUGCUCCUUUACUCUUCACUUCAGGGUCAUUUCACUUAGUUAUAAAUCUUCCAAAACAAAAAAGGAACCAGGUUUUAAAACAGAAUUACAGACAGUAAUCAUGUUUGAUUAUACAAAGAUCCCCUCAUGUUUGUGGUGCCGGUUACAGCAAUAAUGUCUUUUUCUGGGAUGAAACCUUAACAUUACUGUAAGUCAUCAUAGAUGUAUUUGAAUGUUAUUGUAAGCUGUAAAACUCCACUUUAAUCCAUAAAAGAAGUCUUGUUACAGGAUGUGGAUUAUGCAGUUGUUGCACUAGAAAUUAUUAUGGUUAAGUAAUGCAUCAGAAUAAUGUAGCUGAAUUGCAACUACAGUUUUAAUAAUCACUUAAUGUCCCGAGAGUUUCCAUGGCUUUGUUCAGACUCAUGCAAAUGUAACAAGAGAGGACUCUGUCUGUUGUCAGGCAUUUCAAAAAGUUAUCCAGAUAACUCAGUUAAACUAAUGAACAGACUCAACCAGUAAUCCUGCCUGCAUCAGAGCUUCACUAUGGUUUCAUUUGAGUUAGUUGCUUUUGUAGGCCUCUCAUGCUCAUGUAAACUCAUGUUAUUUCCUCCUUUGUUUCUGCAUCAGGUACUGCUCUGGUGAUCGUCUAUCUUAUCCUUCUGGCUCUGUAUUACUACGCUCCAUCUCCAGCUGGCUGCUGACUUCAGGACUAACCCUUUCUUUCAUUGGCCAGGAAUCCAUCAUGUUGGUCUAUUACCUGCAUUGCAAGGCUGAUACCUUAAAGCUGGAGUUUCUCUUUUUUUAAAAGCAUGGAGGAUACUAAAUCACUGAAAGGGAGUGAAUCCUGCUCCAUGCCUUUUAUGGUUUUCUUAUGCUGUUUACUAAAGUAUAUAUCUUUUUCCACCCUCUGUGUUUUAAUGAUAGGGUGGUACUUGCCUUGAGUCCUUAAACGUUUCACUCCAAAUCCUGUAAAAUGCAGUUUGCAGUCCAUUUAUGUGUCUUCAGACUUCUAAUAUUUCCUGUAGAGUGUGUUGACAGAAAGAAAAGCAGUAUUUUUACACGAGGAUGGACCAUGUUACAUAGCAGUUCUGCGCUAAUGGUCGUUUAUCUAAGAUACGGUUGUACUUUUAUAUGCUCUUUAAUUCCAAAAUGGGAAAAUUAGAUAAGUAAAAAUAUUUUUAAUAAACUCCUGAUAGCUCUAAAUGGGUAGAGUAGCAUGCUGGCAGUGCUGAGAACAAAAAAUAACAAUAUUAAACAUUUUGAAAAAUGGGCUGUCUGUGUCUUUAUUGUUUGUACAGACAGGAAUUACA